AUGGCGCCCAUAAUUCCUGCUCCACGACUUUUAUAUAAACUUUAUGGACACGAUCGCUCUCGGUUUCCGUAGUCCCAGGCUUUGAUUGGGGACUAUAAACGUUAUGGGCGCGUGCUAAAAGUCAUGUGACGUAUUCUGGAGAAACAGAAACUCAGGCUGCUCCCUGUUGACUCGCAGGUAGGCAGCUGCUUCAUUCAGUCUGCAGGCUGUGAUGGAAGGAGAACAGAGAACAGCUGCUGGCUGUGCAGCAGGUAGACCAGAAAGCAGCGAGGAGCCAACCAGGAGCCGAGAGGAUGAGAAACUGUCCCUGAUCACCUGGAACAUCGAUGGGCUGGAUGAAGAGGAGCAGCCGGAAAGAGCCAGAAGCCUCUGCUCAUACCUCCUGUCAUACUCUGCUGACGUGGUGCUUCUUCAGGAAAUGGUCCAGGCCUACAUGCGCUUCAUGUACAAACGUCUGGCGGACACCUACAUCUUCAUAGAAGGUGCAAAGGAGGGUUAUUUCACCAUGAUUCUGCUGAAGAAGUCACGCCUCACACUGCUGGACAGUCAGGUUCUCCGCUUUCCAAAGUCCCGCAUGAUGAGAAACCUGCUGGUUGCUCAGGUGGUGUUCAGAGGCCAGAAGCUGCAGCUGAUGACGUCCCACUUUGAGAGCUGUAAGGCCAACAGCGAGGAGAGGAUGAGGCAGCUGAGGCUGGUGAUGAGGAAGAUGAGCCAGGCUCCAGAUGACGUGACGGUUCUGUUUGGAGGAGACACCAACCUGAGAGACUAUGAGGUGGCUGCUGUGGGGCUUCUCCCUAAUGUCUGUGACCUGUGGGAGCAGCUGGGAGAGCCGGAGAAGUGCCGCUACACGUGGGACACGGGGGCAAACACCAACAAGGAGAUUGAAUUCAAGUGCCGCUUCCGCUUCGACCGGGUGUACCUGCGAAGGGCCGCCCAGGACGGAGUCCCCCAGAUGGACCCCCACAGCAUGGCUCUGAUCGGGCUGGAGAAGCUCAGGUGUGGCAUGUUCACCAGCGACCACUGGGGAAUCUACAGCACCUUCUCCAUCAAGCCGAAAGAAACCGACUGACUUCUCUCCAAAGGAAAAAUUUCUAUGACCGACUAUUAGGGCGAGGCUGGACAUUUUUUUUUCUUCCAUUGCGAGAA